CCUAUUUAUCUUCUUCUCACUCUCCCAAUUCAUCCCCUUCUUCUUCCCCACUUUCCCCAUUCUCUCUGUGUUCUUUGCUUUCUUAUAUAAACUUGGCUUUUUCAUUCACUUUUAGCCUCCUCCAACCCCAUCAAUUCCCAUUUCCUCAAUUGGGUCAAACACAACAAUUUUUCUUGUUAAUGGACAACGAAUUCUUCCUCAAUCCUACUGGAAUCUCUCAAUCUCUUAUGCAUUUUGAUUCCAAUCCUUCCAUGGCUACUUGGCACCACCAGUUUUCAUCCGCCAUGGAUGUUCCACCUCAAGUUCCUGAGCUUAAUCACUGUUCUUCUUCCUCUCACCAAUCCCCACCGGAUUGUUUUCUCAAUCCCGUUCCCGAUCAGAGCUUUCAAUUUGAUUCUGCUCUGAGUUCGAUGGUUUCUUCUCCAGCGGCCUCGAAUUCUAACCUAACGAAUGAGAGCUUCGUGAUCAGAGAAUUGAUCGGGAAAUUAGGUGGAAAUUCUGAGAGGAGGAUCUUGGAAUUGAAUUCUUCUACUCCCGCAUUGACUCCUUCUUCUUCGAGUGUGGCGGAAUUUUCGUCGGAUCCUGGAUUUGCUGAACGAGCCGCUAGGUUUUCGUGUUUUGGAAGUAGGAGUUUCAAUGGCCGUCAAUUGACGAAUGAAUUCGGUAACUAUAGAUCUCGCCUCUCGAUCGGUAAUGAGAAAUUAAGCCGAGUUUCGAGUAGUCCGUCGCUUAAAGCACUUGGAUCUGAAACGAAUUUGCAAGAACAUAAGAAAAAUUCCUCAUCGCAAGAAGAUGAAUCGUCCCUUUCAAAUCCAGACAAAACGAUUUCGAAUCCACGGAAGAGAAAAGCAAUUACGAAACCCAAACUCAAAGAAUCGGUGGUUGAAGCUACUCCCGAGAAGGGAAGUCCGAAGAAAUUGAAGGCAGUGGAAUCAAAGGAAAACGUGAAAACGGAAGAGGAUUUGAAGAAAAGCGAUGAAAAUUUAGGGGAAGAGAAGCAAACUAAGGCGAAUUCAAAGCCUCCUGAAGCUCCUAAAGAUUACAUUCAUGUUAGAGCAAGAAGAGGGCAAGCUACUGAUAGCCAUAGUCUUGCUGAAAGAGUUAGAAGAGAAAAAAUCAGUGAAAGAAUGAAGCUUCUUCAAGAUCUUGUACCAGGUUGCAACAAGGUUACUGGAAAAGCUUUGAUGUUGGAUGAGAUUAUCAACUAUGUGCAGUCAUUGCAACACCAAGUUGAGUUUCUGUCCAUGAAGUUGGCUUCUGUGAAUACAACCAGGGUGGAUUUCAACAUGGAUUCUCUUAUCUCAAAACAAAUGUACCAAUCAGGAACCAGUUUGACACAUCCUCAAAUUUCCCCCAUAGAUUCCUCAGCUUCAAGCUUUUAUGGGCACCAAAAUUCCUCUCUCCCAACCACCUCUCAUUGCUCUGUGGACCCAAUUGACUCUGUUUUAUGCCAAAAUCUUCCCAUUCAACUCCCUCCUCUCAAUUCCUUCCUUCAAAAUCCCUCUCAGUAUCCAAAUUUUGGAGAAGAUGAACUUCAAAACAUUGUUCAAAUGGGGUUCCUCCAAAAUCAGACCCAAGAAAUAUCACUGCAAUCCCACAACUUCAACUUAGGCUCAGAUCAAAUGAAAAUUGAACUCUAAUCUCUUCCUUCAACACCAUACACAAAGGCUGCUGUUGUAAAUACAAGAGAUUAAUUUUCAAGCAUUGAUUAAAGAAGAAAAAAUAUAUCUCAUUUGUCCCAUUUCUUAGGUCUAAUUAAGGAGAGAGAAAAUCAGCCUGUAUUUUAUUUUUAUUUUUAUUUUUUUAAUCUCUGUUUUAUAUUUAAUAUUGUUGUAUUUUUUUUCCUAAUUUUGUGGGAUGAGAGAGGAAAGUUUCUACUUUUCUUACAACUUUCCCCUGUAAAAUCUCUAGAAGCAAGUCUGUCCCUUUUGGUGCAAAGUUGUACAGCACCACAUUGUAUGAUAAAAGAAAAAAAAAGAGGCUAAUUUGAGGGAUUAUUUUUUAUAA